AGAGAGGUCCACCGGUUUUUUCUCGUUUUUAAAAAUUAAAAACCCUCUCAAAACCUCUCCCCCCUCCAGCGCUCUCUUCCGAGUACAGCCAAAUUUGUUUGUUUGGCUCUUUUUUCCCUCCCCUCUCUUUUUUUGCAUGGCACUGUCACUUCCACCUUGCGAACUCUGGUCCUGAAGCACAGGCGGUUUUGGAGGGCGAUCAUGGCGUCCGGUGACGAAUGGGAUGCUGAGAAGAUGUUGCAACUUUAUGUGCAUGAUUAUAUGGUGAAGAAAAACAUGCACAGGACUGCUGAGAUAUUCGCUAGAGAGGCAAAUGUUUGCAACAAUCCUGUUGUGAUCGAUGUUCCUGAAGGUUUCUUAUCUGAAUGGUGGUCAAUAUUUUAUGAUCUGUAUGCCUCUAGGCAAGGGAAUCAUCAUGAGACCGGUGAACAGUCCUCUGUCAAGGAUGCACAUAUGACAGAAACUAAGCCACAAAGUUCCAAUCCUCUAGCGCAACAGUUGGAGAUGAACCAGAAAAGGAUGGGGCAAUUCCCUACCAGCACUGAUCAUGAUAAGAUGCUGGGGCAGCCUGCAGCUUGUAUGAUGGCCACACAAAUGUAUGAGGAAGAGCAUCUAAGGCAAAAUUCAAGAAAUUUUGAUCCCAAUGUGCAUCUCCUUGAUGUUGAUAAAAUGAAUAUCUCAAAAUCAGCAGCAAAUAUUGCCAGUGCCAGCUCCUCACAGCUACAAAUUUCUAGGCCAAUUCAACAGCAGGGUGUAAGGGACAUUAGACUUGGUUCCAAUUUGGGGAGAGCAAUGCCUGGGGAUCCAACUAUUUAUGGAAUACCAAAAGCCAUGCUGCCAAGUGCUGGACCUUGUGAUGCUGUGAUAAACCAUGGGGUCAAUCCAGUGCCAUUGAGAGGAUGGCCUUUAACAGGAAUAGACCAAAUCCCCCAAGGUCUGGGGCAUCAAGUACUAAGCUCAUUUUUGCAGAUGCCAAACCAACAGCAACAAUUUCAGAUGUCAUCAGCACAUCAACAAAAGCUCUUAGCUCAACUACUGGCGCAAACACCAGCAAACCCGGUAUCUUCAUAUCCAGGAACCUCCAUUGAUAAGGAUACUCAAAGUAUGAUGUUUCCCUUGUGUGAUUCAUAUGUACAAGAUGGACAGAUGUUCGCCCGAAUGAAACAAACAGCAGAGCACCAGCAGCAUCAACAUCAACUACUGGGGCAACUGCUACAAGAGGGUGGCAAAAAGAGGAAGAGUCCAUUGCAUUCCCAGCCUGGGGACUAUAACAUGGAUCGUAAAGAUGCUGGGAAGGGUAAACUUGCAGAGGAAAAUAUAGAAUCAUUUUUGUUCCAUGAUGAUGCUGUUGCUAAUAAUACAAGUAUUCCUUUUGGCAUUUCGCAGCAACAUUUUGCAACUUGCAAUAAUGGUGAAUGUAAAGAACUCACUUUUGAGGAGGCCGGCUGCUUCAAUUCAAGCAGAAGUAAGGUUUUAUGCUGCCAUUUUUCUUCAAAUGGAAAGUUGUUAGCCAGUGCUGGACAUGACAGGGUUAUGAUUUGGAACAUGGAAACUUUUGAUCAUGUUAAUACUACUGAAGGCCAUGGCCAUCUCAUUACAGAUGUUCGUUUUAGACAAAACUCUACUGUUUUCGCAACUUCUUCCUUCGAUAGAACUGUACAAAUAUGGGAUGCAGGCAGGCCUAGCAGCGCGCUGUUCAAGCUUCUUGGGCAUACUGAACAAGUGAUGUCACUGGAUUUCCACCCGAAUAAAGUGGACCUUCUCUGUUCAUGUGAUAGCAAUGCAGAGAUCCGACUCUGGAAUGUCAACAACUGUGCUUGCACACGUGUUACAAAGGGAGCUAACAGACAAGUCAGAUUCCAGCCUCUAGUUGGGAAGCUUUUAGCUGCUGCCUCUGAGAGUGGCAUCAGUGUGAUUGAUGUUGAGACUGACUGCCUACAAUCCUUUUUGAAGGGACAUGCCAAAGAAGUCCGCUCAAUUUGCUGGGAUGCGAGUGGGAAUUACAUUGCCUCUGUUAGUGAGGACAGCGCAAGGGUGUGGUCAGCCACGAUGGGUGGAAAAUGCAUACAUGAAUUACAUUCAAAUGGUAGCAUGUUUGAGUCAUGCGCAUUUCAUCCUGGGUAUCCGCUGCUGUUGGUUAUUGGUGGUUAUCAGACCCUUGAGCUGUGGAAUCCAACAGAGAGCAGUAGAACAAUGACCGUUCAAGCGCACAAUGGGAUAAUUGCUGCUUUGUCUGAUUCACCUCAGACUCGAAUAAUUGCCUCAGCCAGCCAUGAUCACUCUGUGAAGCUUUGGAAAUGAUCUCUCUCUCUCUCUCUCUCUCGUGUUUGUGUAUGCAUGUGUGUGUGUGUGUAUGCACGCAUCUGCGUGUAUGCGCACGCAUUGGUUUUUGUCUUUUGAUCUGCAUGUUCAUGUGCCUGCAAAUGCAUGCCUGCUCAUGCAUGUCGCAUGUGCAUAUGGAGGUUUUUUAUUUGGACAGCUGUUGUUGCUGGGCUUACUACUUUGGAUGGUGGAUAAAUUUUGCUGGUCUUGGAUAAAUCAUACCCAGUGACAGUACCAUGGAGUAAAAGCAAUAAAUUCCAUAGUCAAGAAUACGCCCUUCCAUACACAUAAAGCAGUUGGAUAUGGAUACAAGAAACCCUUGGCACAGAACGGAUGCUGGCAGGUGAAUCUUUCCAGUGAGAUGUGCGUGUUCUAAAUUAAAGUUGAAGCAGAUUAGUGUUCAUGCAUGUCUUAAUUUGACUAUCAUUUCUCAAAGAAAGUUUGCUACUGCUUUGUGAGAAGUGGUUAUAAACUGCUGAAUUCACUAAUACCUGAACGUCAUGCAUAGAAUGUUUCGUUCUUUGUUACAAUUUUUUUAUUUAAACAAUUUUGGCAAGGGAGGUAUGUUGCUGUUGAAUAAGGGCUAUGCUAUUAAAUGUCUUUGUGAA